AAAUGUCACUAGACGAACAAGAAUAUAGUAGUCUAGAAUCUUCUGAAAGUUCUCCUAAAAAUUCGUAUGAGAUUGAGGACUAUAUUAAUGUUGAAAGAAAAGAUAAAGCUGUCUGUACGGUUUGCGGGGAUAUUGCAACUGGAGUACAUUAUGGAGUCGUCUCUUGUAAUGGUUGUAAAACCUUUUUCCGUCGAACUGUGAUGACUGGAAGAAAAUUUGUUUGUAGAAAAGAUGGAAAUUGUAGUUUUGAUAAAAAGAAUAGAUGUGCUUGCCGAGCAUGUCGUUUUCGAAUUUGUGUAGAGGCUGGAAUGGACGAAAAAGGCAUACAAAAUUGGCUCUACUCCACAAUUCAACGAAUUCCUUCUUCUAAUCUAAGUUUUUCUAUUGCCCGUAGACGUAUUCAAAAAAAUAAAAAUGAGAAUACUCAAGAAGAAGAAGUUAAUUCAAAAACAUUAAAUAUUACAAAUACUUUAAUUACAAAUCGUGAAAGCGAAGUCCUUUCUUUAAUUAGAGAAACACUUUGUUUGGAAGAAAAAUUGGAAAAAUUACGUUUUUCUUAUUUUAAUCCAAAAGAUAAAAAUUUAAAAAUUAUCGAGGCUAUUGAAGAACCAACCAUUUUCUCCAACAUUAGCAAAUAUCCACCAGUUGAAAAAUGGCCUCCAACUUCUUUGCCCUGUUCUGAACGUAAAAAGUUUGGAGUGGCUAAAUUUUGGGUUUAUACAGAUCUCUACCUUGGAAUGUCUUAUGUUAAAACACUUCCAAUAUUUAAAAGUUUUUCUCUUGAAGAAAAAAUAUCGUUAAUUAAGAGUAUUGUUGUACCUAAUCAACUACUUACAACUGCAAGUUUUUCAUCUCAAAUUAAUUCGAAUGUUGUACAGUAUCCGGACGGUUCUAGCCCAUUCAAAAACAAAGCUAAUAUAAUGCCUUUGGAAAGAGAACUUUCCAAAGUUAAGUGCAGUUGUACCCUUUCAAAAAUUAAAACCUGAUAGAGUACAAACAUCGUUAAUUAGAGCUAUUCUUGUUUUAAAUGAAUAUUGUGAAGGCCUUUCCCCGCAUUCUCGUCAACUUAUCUCUGACCUCCGCUCCAAAAUUUGCCAUGCUUUACUAAUUUAUCUACAAAAUAGACAUGGACAAGCUAAAAGCGUUAAAUAUUUUGCUGAUUCCCUUCUAUUUAUCACAACACUUUUUAAAAGACAACAAAUCCAAAAAAAUUAUUUUACUUAUCGC